GACGUCUCACAAACUCGCGAGAACGAAAGCACGGGCAAGUAAAGCGUGUCUAAAUAGCUCUAUUUGUGUCUUCUAAACUUCUCCUUCACGCUUAUCACUUCAGAGGCGAGUUGCUGCAGGAGGCCGCUUCAUUCUCUAGAAGUUUGCUCAAUAACUCUGCAGCGCAGCGUUUGCAGCAGCCUUAGAGCCACGGCACGUGUUAGCUCCUGAUUGUUUAGCUAGCGGCUAGCACGCGGGGAGCGGUGGGAGGAGACCAAAACAAGCAGGCGGACCUCUCUGAGCCUGAGCCUCAUCUCCCGGGUCUGGUGCUGCGUCUGCUGCAAAGCCCGCCGAGAACAUGUCAGCUGCGACGAACGAGUCCAGGAAACGGGGCAAGAAGCGCUACGUGGCCGGCCAGCACAAGCGGUGGAAGGGCUCCCGGGAGCUGGAGGUCGGCAUGGAGGGAAUCCUCAUCACGUGCAACAUGAACGAGAGGAAAUGCACCGCGGAGGCCUUCAACCUGCUCAAUGAGUACGCAGACGGGCUGUACGGGCCCGAGAAGCUGCAGGACAAUGACGGGAGCAGCAGCGAAGAAGAGGACGCUGAAGAAGAAGACGUUGAUGUUGCGUUGAAGAAGGAGGUGGCGCAGCUGCAAGCGUCGGGAGCCAAACAGGAGCGGCGCUUCCAGGCUCUGGAGAGCGGCGCCAACAACGUCAUCUUCAUCAGAACUCUGAACCUGGAAUCUGACAAACUGGUUCAUCACAUCCUGUCUGAUCUCCACACGACCAAGAAGAAGAAGUCCCGCGUGAUCCUUCGCAUGCUGCCGGUAACUGGAACGUGUAAAGCCUUCCAGGAGGACAUCGUCAAGUACCUGACCACGUUCCUGGAGCCUUGGUUCAAAGCGCCAAACUGUGCGACCUACCAGAUCGCUUUCAAGGCGCGCAACAGCAGCCACAACAAGAGGGACGAAAUCAUCAAAGCAGUCGCAGGCCUGGUGGGGAAGCUGAACCCCAAAAACAAAGUGGACCUGACGAACCCGGAGCUGACCAUCAUCGUGGAGGUCAUCAAGGCGGUGUGCUGCCUCAGCGUGGUGAAGGACUACACGCUGUACCGAAAGUACAACGUUCAGGAGGUGGUGAAGGAGGACGUUCCCCAAACAAAGACUGACGCAGGGACGACGGAGCAGAAGCAGAAAGACGACGCGGGAAACGGUGAAGGAGGGAAGGAGGAAGACAGUGGGGACAAAGCUGUCCCACAUGAGGAGAAGGAGGCUGAGAAGAGUGAGAAUGCGGGGGAAUAGGAGCACAAGUUUCAGCAAAGCAAUGUCCUUUAUGUCUUUUUAAGUUGCUUUUUAUUGUGGUGAUUUUGUUGUAACUUAACAGAUAAAUUAACGUGUCAGAAUUCAGUAAACUAGAAUUCUUUCUUUUUUAUAUAUAGAAUAAUACAUCCAACCCCAGUACCCAGCAACUUUAACAAAAAUAGAAUACAAAACCUCACAAACUCAUAUUUUAUUCCCAGUAGAACAUGAACAAACCAGGCUCUUCUGCGGUGCAGUGUGUGUUUCUACUGAAAGAGAUGCUUGCAGGGAGCCUGUUUUUAACGCAGUGCUGAAGAUCACGAGCAGUUUGUCUUUGCUUAUUCUCCUUUGUCCAGGCGGGAGGCAUCUCAAAUGUGAUACUGAGAAUAAAAUGUGGUUUUAUGAGGUUUACUUACAUAUCACUGCAUUGCAUUCUGUUUUUUACAUUCAGUGCUGCAUGCCAGUUGGUUUUGGAAGUGAACUCUACGCUUCAGCAUUGUGCAGUCUUGACCUUUUUGUUUUUAAAAAUUAGAAUUUUAAUUCCCUUUUUUUUACCGUUUUCCUCAAAAUCAAGUGGAAUUUUGCUCAGAUGAACAGAUUUGUCACAUUCAAUAACUUUGUUUCUUAUAACUCCUUCCUGAACUACUUCCUAAAAUAAAACUCCUGUGUUUGACUUGA